UGUGUAAGCGUUACGGAGUGUUUUGAGGGCUGAUGACACCGUUUGACACGCUGUUAUAUGAACUUAGUGCGCAUGUUGUUGUUUCUGAAGUUGCCCGAAUAAUACAUUUAUUUAUCUGACGCGUUUAUUGGUUGACGAAGGCUUUGUAAGAAGCUAUUUUUUAUUAUUUCUGUCAUUGUUUACGUUGAGAACACUGUAAUUGCAUAAACAUGAUGAACAGGACUUUAUCGAGAAAACUUCUGGUCUCCAUGUGUGGGGUCUCCAACCCUCGACUGAGCUUCGCUCAAAGCGCCGUCAACACUGUGCAGAGGCAGAAAGAGUUGAUCAAAAGUAGGGAACUGGAAAGGGAUGAACUGAGGCCGCUGUAUAUGGACUUUCAGGCCACCACACCCAUGGACCCAAGGGUUUUGGAUGCCAUGCUCCCCUAUCAAGUCAAUUACUACGGGAACCCACAUUCCAGGACUCACGCUUAUGGAUGGGAGAGCGAGAGUGCAAUGGAAAAAGCGAGAAAACAAGUAGCAGAUCUUAUUGGUGCCGACCCGAGGGAGAUUGUGUUCACCAGUGGUGCGACUGAGUCCAACAAUAUGUCAAUCAAAGGUGUGGCUCGGUUUUAUAAGGCUAAGAAAAACCACAUUGUUACCACCCAGACCGAACACAAGUGUGUGCUGGACUCCUGCCGAAUUAUGGAGGCAGAGGGUUUUGAUGUAACAUACUUACCUGUGAAAAAUAAUGGACUGAUUGAUUUGAAGCAAUUAGAGGAAACAAUCCGUCCUGAUACCAGUUUGGUGUCCAUAAUGACUAUCAACAAUGAGAUUGGUGUCAAACAACCAAUCAAAGAAAUAGGUCAUCUGUGUAGGUCCAAAAAUGUGUUCUUCCACACUGAUGCUGCUCAGGCUGUUGGAAAGAUCCCCAUUAAUGUCAGUGAAUGGAAAGUGGAUCUGAUGUCCAUCAGCGGCCAUAAGAUCUACGGGCCCAAAGGAGUUGGGGCUUUGUACGUGAGGAGGAGACCCAGAGUUCGUAUUGAGCCUUUGCAGAACGGAGGGGGUCAGGAAAGGGGUCUACGUUCAGGGACCGUGCCCACACCUCUCGCCGUAGGCCUCGGAGCCGCUUGUGAGAUUGCCCAGCAAGAGUUAGAGUACGAUCACAAGCGUGUGACGGUGCUUGCAAAUCGCCUUGUGCAGAAAAUCAUGUCGGAGAUUCCUGAUGUUGUGAUGAAUGGCGACCCAGAUCAGAGGUACCAAGGAUGCGUUAAUUUAUCAUUUGCCUAUGUUGAGGGGGAGAGUCUGUUGAUGGCGUUAAAAGAUGUUGCGCUUUCAUCUGGAAGCGCCUGCACAUCUGCUUCUUUGGAGCCCUCAUAUGUCCUCAGAGCAAUAGGGGCAGAUGAGGACUUGGCGCACUCGUCUAUUCGAUUUGGAAUUGGCAGAUUUACCACAGAGGAGGAAGUGGACUAUACAGUGGAGAAGUGCAUUCAGCAGGUCAAACGGCUGAGGGAGAUGAGUCCGUUGUGGGAAAUGGUCCAGGAGGGCAUUGACAUUAAGAGCAUCAAAUGGACCCAGCACUGAAUCGUUCUGAACACAUGGAGUAUGAAGCCCUGCUGUAGUUGUGAAUACACAGCUUCAUUAGGCUUCCGUACCCAUACUCCUUAGACCUUACUCUCCCCAAAAACACGCACAAUUGUAUUUUUCGAUAUUGGGGAAUUGAACUUGUCUAAGUGCAUUUGUAUGAAUUGCAGGGGUUAGAGAUAUGUAUUUUGUCAAUCACUUUUUCUCAAACCAGCUUUCACCUCGGUUUUUUAUAUUUGUGAGAGUAUAUUCACAUUAUUAUAUAGUAUAUUCACAGUUGCUGUGUUUAAAUCACUAAAAAUAUAAUCACAAAAGACAUGUUACUAUGAACAUGCACUGAGUGUUGUCCUGUGUCAGUUGUGUUUGAGCACAUCAUAGUGCAACAUGUUUUAAGAGUCUAUCAUAUUGUCUGUUGUUCCAGUCCUGAGACCAGCAGAAUUAAUUUCAUUGAUAAGUUGCGUUUCAUUAAAAUUAGCAUUGUGUUAGGUAAGUCAGGUGCCAAUUCAUAAAGUUUAUGGGUAACGUUUUUCAUAAAAUAAAGGACAACACCAGCUUGAAACAUUAAAUGUUUUCGCACGGGACAGGAUUGAUAAAAGAAGUCAUUAAAUUCACCUGCCCAUUAAAAAGGUCUUGUUCAAGAACUUCAUGCUUGUUGUCUAGUAUGAGCUUGCAUGUCUUUCAUGAUUGCAGUCCACAGAUUCUGUAGCGUCUGUUGUUGUGAAGUCAUUGUUUUACUCCAGAAUGUAUGUCAUACCAAUAAACAUCCAAACCAA